AUGGGCUAUGGUCAGAAAGCACGACGAGCAAUUCCACGACUGGUAGCUUCUGAACGUAUUUCAACGCUAUUUAAUGCUUUAAUAAGUGGAGACCGCGCUGCAUUAGCUAGGUCUAUUACUCUAGUCGAAUCAACACGAGCAGACCAUCGUAAAGAAGCUCAGGAACUGUUAUCGCUUGUACUGGAUCAUGCUAAAAAGAGAACUAGCACGGUGGCUAAUUGGCCAACUACUUUUCGUGUUGGAUUAUCCGGAUCUCCUGGUGUGGGGAAAUCCUCCUUUAUUGAAACGUUUGGCAUGUUUCUGAUUGCCAAAGGACACAAAGUUGCUGUUUUGGCCGUAGAUCCAUCAUCAACACGAACUGGUGGCUCGAUUCUAGGUGACAAGACUCGUAUGACUUUACUGUCAAGAGCUGAUGAAGCAUACGUGAGACCGUCACCAACAAGCGGGAAUUUGGGUGGUGUUGCUCGGAAUACGAAUGAGGCGAUCCUGCUGUGUGAAGCAAGUGGAUAUGAUAUCAUCCUUGUUGAAACAGUAGGUGUUGGACAAUCGGAAACGAUGGUAUCUGAUAUGACAGACAUGUUUACACUCCUGGUAGCUCCCGGUGCAGGAGACGAACUACAAGGAAUGAAGAAGGGAAUUGUCGAAAUGUCUGAUUUGAUUCUCGUAAACAAGGCUGAUGGUGUAUUGGCUAUUCCUGCUAGAGCCGCUCAGAUGGAAUACACAUCAGCACUCAAGUUUUCUCAACCUGCACAUCCAGAUUGGCGUCCUAAAGUUCUAGCCAUGUCUAGCGCCGAGAAUAUAGGGAUUGACAAAGUGUGGGAAGCUAUGCAAGAGUAUUACAAGAUCAUGCAGGAAUCAGGGUCAUUGCACACCAAAAGAGGCCUACAAAGGAAGAAGUGGAUGUGGCAACAAAUUACUGAUGAGUUGCUGUGGCGACUCAAGACGGAUUCCAACGUCAAGGAUAUGGUGUUGUCUUUAGAGGCGGGAGUGUUUAGAGGUGAUAUUACAUCGGGUCAAGCCGCUGAGGAUUGCGUGAGAGCUUUUAUACAUGAUCAAGCCCUGACUCAAUGA